CUGUAUGGAGACUCUCACGCUAAGAUGCAGCGUGUGCUGACGUUGAUCUCCGGCGGCGGUCUAUCCAUCACCGGCUCCCACCUCAUGUGUGGUGACUUCCUCUACAGCGGACACACCGUCAUGCUCACCCUCACCUACCUGUUUAUUAAAGAGUACUCCCCGCGGACGUUCUGGUGGUACCACCUGAUGUGCUGGCUGCUGGCUGCUGUGGGAGUGGUGUGUAUUCUGGUGGCCCACGAACACUACAGUGUGGAUGUGGUGGUAGCCUACUUCAUCACCUCACGCCUCUUCUGGUGGUACCACACCAUGGCCAACGUCCAGGCCCUGCGGUGCUCGCCCAACAACUACCUCACCAACACCUGGUGGAACCCCGUGUUCAACUUCUUUGAGAGGAACGUGCAGACCCAGGUGCCCUGCUCCUUCUGCUGGCCAAUCACCUCCCCUGCCUGCCUUAAGAAUUCCUGUAAGAAGUACAGUGCAGUGCAGAGCCUGCGCGGAGGAGUAGAGAAUACUAGGAGAAGUAUGACGCCUGCACGGGUCAACCCCUUUGCCGUCGUCAUCUAUCAACGCACCAAUCACACCACCCGUUCUCUCACCCACCAAUAG